CAAGAGGGCUACACAGAACCUGGAAAGGGAAGGCGUCCUCUUUGACCUCCACCCCCAGGCUUCUGUAGCUCGGACAUCUGGACCGCCUCUCGGGGGAUGUGGUGAGCGCGCGCGAACAGCCCCGGAAGCCACCCGCCCAAAAAGAUGCCGGCCUUCCACAGUCUGUGUCCCCUGGUUUCUCUCGUGCUCAUCUACUGGGUCAGCGUCUGCUUCCCUGUGUGUGUGGAAGUGCCCUCAGAGACAGAGGCCGUCCAGGGCACCCCCAUGAAGCUUCGCUGCAUCUCCUGUAUGAAGAGGGAAGAGGUGGAGGCCACCACCGUGGUGGAGUGGUUCUACAGGCCCGAGGGCGGUAAAGACUUCCUUAUCUUCGAGUAUCGCAAUGGCCACCAGGAGGUGGAGAGCCCCUUCCAGGGACGCCUGCAGUGGAACGGGAGCAAGGACCUGCAGGACGUGUCCAUCACUGUGCUCAACGUCACUCUGAACGACUCCGGCCUCUACACCUGCAACGUGUCCCGGGAGUUUGAGUUUGAGGCGCAUCGGCCCUUUGUGAAGACCACGAGGCUGAUCCCUCUCCGAGUCACUGAGGAGGCUGGAGAAGAUUUCACCUCUGUGGUUUCAGAAAUCAUGAUGUACAUACUUCUAGUCUUCCUCACCCUGUGGCUGCUCAUUGAGAUGAUAUAUUGCUACAGAAAGGUCUCGAAAGCUGAAGAGGCAGCCCAAGAAAAUGCGUCUGACUACCUUGCCAUCCCAUCAGAGAACAAGGAGAACUCUGCAGUACCCGUGGAAGAAUGAAGCGGUGUGACUUGAGGUGGCCUGAACACUGAGGGACUGGAUAUCCCAAGUUCAGUGAUGUCUGCAGCAUCAGGAGAGUGCCCCAGUGGCCCCGUCACUUCCUUCCUGCAUCCAUCUUUCUGCUCAUUCGUCAUUCAUCCACCCAACUCUGAGCUUUCCCUGCUGACUUCCUAACUCUGUCAGAACUCCACACACCAUAAGACUUUGCCAGAGCUAAGGAGCCAACAUUUCUACACAGAUUCAACCUCACACUGCCCUGGAUUUCAAGCAAGCAGCUCCCAUGCCUACUGGAUUUCUCCCCUGUACUCCAAAUAACUUUGUACAAGUGCUGGAAGUAUCACCUGUCCUUGCCCCUAGCUCUCUGGAACUGGCUCAUUCUCCAUUGUUGCAAGAGGAUGUCUUACCAGUAGGAACAAGCAACUAGUUGGGUCAAACCAAAAGCAUGUCAUGUACUUGAACUCUCUGAAGUCAGUUUUUUGAAGUUUGUGGCCCACUUGGCUACAGCGCCAGAGAGAAGCAUGUUUCUCUAGAUUCUCCAAUGACAAAGAUCCUUAAGCAUGGACUAAAAUGCUCUCUGGAGCUUAGUCCUCAGGACUAGAUCCCCAUAGGUCUCUAAAGACUGCACUGGACACAGUCCUGAGAAGCCAAGGGCAAGAGACUUGGGAAGGACCAAGGAUGGUUUAAAUGGCUCCAGAAAGCCAUAUAUCAUGUUCCUGAUCUUAUUGGGAUGAUGUAUAUAUGCCCUUCCUAGAGAGCAUAUCACCUGUGGAUUGGGGCUGGAAUUCCUAAGUUCUUCCUCUCAAAAUCUCCAUGGAUCAGUAUUAUUCCUCAUUUUACAGGAGGCAUCUGAGAUUCACACAGGGCUCCACUGGGUGAGAAACUUAAGAGAACAAACUUAAAGAGCAGCAGUAAGCUUUGGAUGCUUCCCAGUUUACUCUUGGGAUAGACAGUUUUGUUUUUGAAAAGAGUUGGACAUUGGGCUUGGCGGUGGCCACACCUCUUGCAGAAGCACAAAUUUGGGAUGGAUGAUCCAGCUGGCGUUAGCUAUGACAGAUCCCAGAAACUGGAAACCAGCCAGGAAAGCAGAGAGGAGGACAUGAGUUGGACGUGAAGAAUUUCCUGUAAAAAUCUGUGAACCUAAAAUAUCUUUCAGAAUGAGGUUUCAUCUGAGAAUGCCAUUCAAACUAAGAGAAAUGCCUAUUAAGCUGGGCAUGUUGGCACAUGCUUACAACCUGAGAGGCUGAAGCAAGAGGAUCAUGAGUUUGAGCCCAACCUGGGUAA